CUGCAUUAACCCUGGUUGACGAGUGUGUGCGUGCCACGGGCAGGGCGCGCUCCUCAAUGCCCGGCGGCUCGCGGGACUGCGCGGAGACAUGAGCUCGUGGGGGCUCGUGCUACUCGUCGCGUUUGCGGCGUGUCUGCGGCUCGGCCGCGCGCAGGCCGACCCUCUCCCUCUCUCGCUAGUGGAUUUGGUAAUGAACUCUCCAAUCUCAUCAAUGAAGGAUCUGCAGGAGCUGAUGGAUGAUCACUCCGUAGAAGAAGAAGAAGAGAACGAGGGGCGAUUGAAUGGCACCCAUAAACGCCUUCCCAGAAGUCUUGCAGAUGUACAGGUAGCACAGCAGGCUGUGUGUAAAGUAAGGACAGAGGUAAUGGAGGUAACGCGCUCCAUGUUUGACCGGACCAACGCUAACUUCCUGCUAUGGCCUCCAUGUGUGGAGGUGCAGCGCUGCUCAGGAUGCUGUAAUACUAGAACCCUGCAGUGUGUACCAAUCUCCAGUGAGACACGCCGCUUACAGAUGACUAAAAUCACAUUUGUGAACAGACAGCCCAGCUAUGAGAAGGUCAUAAUACCUGUUGAGGAUCAUCUCACCUGUAGCUGUAAAUCACGAACAGCCAGUCCUGCCACAUGGAGCAAGACUACCACCCCUUUACCCCCUCCCAGAGUCCUCACCAAAGCUACGGCAUCCAAAAGCCAAUCUAAAGAGGAACUGCAUCGGCAUGAUGACCUUAAACACAACCAAAGAUUCCAGCUGGAUGACCGAGAGACUCAGUGGCAAAAGAAAUAUACUCCUGGAAACACACCAAGAACGCCCAUACACACACUCACACACUCACACACCAGUCCGUUCCAGCAUGCCCUCACUCACACGCCAUACAUAAAUCAGGGCAACCUGACAACCAAGCAAACAGGAGUCGGUGUUACACGCAUGAUGAGCGACACGACGCAACACAUAAAACACCAACAAUCAGAUAAGCAGCACCACUUAGAUUCUGAGAAAGUUCCUGAACACCACACACACCAUUCAGAAUCUGGGAAAGUUCCUGAACACCACACACACGAUUCAGAAUCUGGGAAAGUUCCUAAACACCACACACACCAUUCAGAAUCUGGGAAGGUUCCUGAACACCACACACACCAUUCCGAAUCUGGGAAAGUUCCUGAACACCACACACACCAUUCAGAAUCUGGGAAAGUUCCUGAACACCACACACACCAUUCAGAAUCUGGGAAAGUUCCUGAACACCACACACACCAUUCAGAAUCUGGGAAAGUUCCUGAACACCACACACACCAUUCAGAAUCUGGGAAAGUUCCUGAACACCAUACACACCAUUCAGAAUCUGGGAAAGUUCCUGAACACCACACACACCAUUCAGAAUCUGGGAAGGUUCCUGAACACCACAAACACCAUUCAGAAUCCGGGAAGGUUCCUGAACACCACACACACCAUUCAGAAUCUGGGAAAGUUCCUGAACACCACACACACCAUUCAGAAUCUGGAAAGGUUUCUGAACACCACACACACCAUUCAGAAUCUGGGAAGGUUCCUGAACACCACACACACCAUUCAGAAUCUGGAAAGGUUUCUGAACACCACACACACCAUUCAGAAUCUGGGAAAGCUUCUGAACACCACACACACCAUUCAGAAUCUGGGAAAGCUUCUGAACACCACACACACCAUUCAGAAUCUGUAAACGUUCCAGAAAACCGAACACACCAUACAGAAUCUAAGACAGUGUUGAAACAUCACAUGAACUUUGCAAGUGGAGAUGAUACCAUUAAAGCAACCACAAGUACAAAACAUGUGCAUUAUCACAAACAUCACAGUGACAAAACAACAAAGCAACAACCACAGCACAAGCCCACCCAGCCGCAUGCAACUAAUAACAGCCAAUCAGAAAUCUCUCUUCAACACAGUGGCCAGAUGGAAGCACCUAUUCUCAGAUUCAGUGAUGUCGAGGUCAUUGGUCAAUCCAGCAGCCAGUCUGGCCAAUCAGAUCUCUCUGGCCAGUCAGAAGUUGGCCACCAAUCCAGUCAAUCAGAGACAGAAACACAUCAUCAUCAGCACCAUCAUCAUCCAACAAGAGCACCUGCACAUCAUCCAACAAGAGCACCUACACAUCAUCCAACAAGAGCACCUACACAUCAUCCAACAAGAGCACCUACACAUCAUCCAACAAGAGCACCUACACGUCAUCCAACAAGAGCACCUACACGUCAUCCAAGUAGCACAAGACAAGCAGUGAUGAAUGCCCCUCCUAGUAAACCCCCCUUGCCCCACACACCCCCUCCGUCCAUCGCUCAGCGCAAACGAAGGAGAAAGCAAAGAAGGAGAAUGAGCAAGUCCGCCAUGAGAGCCAUGAUCAUGGUCAUGUCCUAAUCCUACCAGCAGCUCAACAUCACAUACCAGAAGAAAUCCAAAGAUGCUGAGUAAGGGAUGGACCCACACUGAGACACUGGAAACGUUGCUUACAAUUACUGGAAACGUCUUUGAUUUGCUACAUAAGCUUCAAAAGCUCCUGCAGGGUUGCACUGCACUAUGGGAAAUCUCACUGCAAAAUGAAACAGGCUCUGCUUAAAGAUGGCCUGCAAAACAGUGAGAAUGAAUCUAACAAUGUGCAGUUAGAGUGUGUCAAAAAGCAAGACUGCAUGUAGACGCAGACAGAGCUUACUGACUGCACCUAUAACAAAGUGGAUUCAUCCUGCCAAACAAGGAGACUGCACUAUGUCAUGAGGACACAGCCUGGCAUAUUAGGAGAUGACAUUAAAACAGUGCAGGCACUGCCUGCCAAAUAUUGAGACUGCAUCUUAAACAUGUUGGAUCUAGCUUGCUAAAUUGUAAGACUGCACCAAAAAGCAGGGCCAAAAAAUGAGAUUAUGUCUGAAAUAGUGCAAAUGUUGAAUGCCAAAUGAUGAGACUGCAUGAAAAAUAAUACUAUUGCAGCCUGACAUAGAAUAGGACUACCAAGAAAAUAAAGAAACCAGCUGCCACAUAAUGAGAUUAUGUCUAAAACAAACGUGUCUUGCCAAAAAUAAGACUGCACUUGAGCAGACACUGCAAUUAAUAUUGUGAGGUCAAGGCCUGCCAAAUAAUGAGAUUCCAUCUAAAACAGUGCAAACUUGAGCUGCCAACUAAUGAGACUGCAUGUAAUGCCAUACACAUCUCCUGCCAAGUGAUGAAACAGCAACCACGAUGAGGACAGCCUGCUAAAAACUGAGACGGUUUGUCUCAAAUCUACCUGAUAACAAAACCAAGUCUAAAAGCAUGCAGUGGACAGAAAAAAUGAGACUAAGCUCAAUCUGCCUGAUACUAGAAUCAUACACAAAUAGUAAACAUGCCUACUGCUGGCAUGACAUUUUUCUGUCUUUGUGUUUGUUUGUGUAAAAAAAGAAAAGUCCAACGUGGACUAUAAGCUGCCAAAAAAAUGAAACCCAGAUGCCCAUGAUCUGUAUCAUCCAAAUUUAAACUGGACAAUAGAACAUUUGUGGAGGACACUGGAUUUUAACUGGACAUAAAUAUAGACUUAAGCAUGGACUUGCUAAAAACUGUGUGUUCAAUAUAACAACCUAAUGCAUUGCUCACGGUCGCUUUCUUAGGAAGUAGCAUGUUCCUGUUUAUUAGCUUCAUGCUACUUUUUUUUUUUUUUAAAGAAACACCUACCAUGAAGAGAGUACAAUGUGGCUUAAAUAUGUCUUUGGAAAAAAGUCUGAUAUUGACAUUUAACCAAGGUGCAAACACUGGAAUGUCGCACACUGGAAUGUGCCCUGUACUUUGCAAUACUAUUAGCAAUGCCAGAUGUAGCGUGAUGGAAAUAUAUUGCAUGUUUAGCCUGAGCGCAUUAUCCAUAAAUCGUACAAAAAGAUGCAAAAUAUGACUGGUCUAUUGUGUGUUAUUGUCACCUGUAGUGACAACACAGAAAAUGUCAAACGGUGCUUGGUCACGCUAAACUACUGAUGCUACAAGUGCUAGCAUGAAUUAAAACUACUGUUCGCUAAGUGAUGUAAGGCUAUAUUGUAAAUGUUACAAAUUUUUAUUUUUAUCUGCUAUUUUUUUUUUUACUUAUUUAUAAAAGUAGAUGCGAUCCCAUCUGCUUCAGAGUAUAAAUGUUAUUGAUAAUUAUUGUCAUAAUGCUAUUUUAAUAUUAAUAUAAGAU